GGGGGGGGUCAAGGAGGGACGAGAGAUGGGACGCGGCUUCCCCCGACUCACGGAGAGGCCACGUCAAUCAAACACAUGAAAGAGCACACAAAGAUGGUAGGGGUGGGGAAUGCGGCCCAUUGUGGUGUGUGACAUCAAGUCUGUACACCUCAUGGGACUUGCCAACAAGACCUGGAACCGGUUGUGCAGGAAAACGUUCUCCCCGACAAUGACCAACAGGUGGAAGAGACGGCAAGGAGCAUCACAACCUGCGGAACAUCGAGACACAGCGGGACGUGAAAGCAUGGCGCUCAAGGAGGCACCACAGGGCCACCGUGUGGCCAUCUUGGCAGCCAUCGUCAUCCUGAUGACACUCUUCAUCCUCUACAACUCCAACACCAGCAACGACACAUCCUACACGCCCUUCCGCAUGGCCAGAAACCACACCCCCAAAACCACAGAUCUGAAGAAGUGGGCCACCAAAGAUGGCUAUGUGGCGGUUUACGGGAACAAGAGCAUGAACUUGCGCUGCCACCACUGCGCCCUGGUCACCAGCUCCAGCCACGUUCUGGGCAGCAAGGCCGGGGAGGAGAUCGACGCUACGGAGUGUGUCAUCCGCAUGAACGACGCCCCGACGACAGGUUACGAAGCAGACGUUGGCAAGCGGACAACCCUGAGGGUCGUCGCCCAUUCCAGCGUGUACAGGGUGGUGCGUCAGCCUAACGAGUUCCUGAUCGGCGCAGACAGCAAACCCAUCAUCAUCUUCUGGGGACCUCCAAAUAAGAUGACCAAAGACUCCAAAGCAGCCGUGUACAGAUCCAUCCAGACAAUCAACGCCGCCUACAACCAGGUGUUGUGUUUCACGGUGGCCCCCGGCAAAAUGAACAGAUUUGACAGUCUUUUCCACCGGGAGACGGGACGAGACAGACAAAAAUCACACUCGUGGUUGAGCACGGGGUGGUUCACCAUGGUCAUCGCCAUUGAAAUAUGCGACAAUAUCAAAGUGUACGGGAUGGUUCCGUCCAGCCACUGCCAGAACAGGGCGGGAAUGAAAAAGCUGCCGUAUCACUACUACAAACCGAGGGGUUCCGACGAGUGCGUGACAUACAUGCAGAACGAGAACAACCAAAGAGGGAGCCACCAUCGCUUCAUCACUGAGAAGCAGGUGUUUGCGCACUGGGCGCAUCAGUACAACAUCACCUUUGCUUAUCCUGCUUGGUGACGCCACAGACUUCUUCCCCUCGCUGGGUUUCCUGGUGACAGCAUGCAGACUUUUAAAAGCGGCAAACAGCCGAGUGAUGACGUCAACGUUCAGGGAUCACUACGAGGAAGCAAAGCUUUGGUACAAAAAGGACAAACGAUGGCUAACGAGAAUGUUUUUCAUGCUUCUGAGAGCAGAUUAUUUAGCAUUCUCAUGUAUUGCACUUAUCUUUUCCAUGCUAAGGUGGGCUAAAUGAAUUUAUCCGCGGGUCAAGUGCAUGCUGGAGUGUCGUGUCAUGGACGGCUGAUAAAACGCUUCUGGCAGGACGCUUUGAAAAGAUGAAGCGCUCUCCUCUUCAAGUGCGGGCUCUUUUUUUUACGUUGAAAAAAAAGUGUCCGCAGCUGAAGAAGAUGAAAGGGGUGAGGAAGCAGGGCGUUUGCUUUGUGGAGAUGAAGCCAUGGAAAGGAGCAGCAGGUUGUUGUGUAGUAACGACUGCCAUGUUAUAUUUUGCUUACCACACCCGUGUAUUUAUUUUUUCAUGUUGGUCUUGACUGUUUUUUUGUAAAAAAAAACAAAAAAAAAAAACAGGCUUUAUACAAAUACUAUACGUUAAAUUUCA